CGGGUGACAGCCCCGCCAUCGGCGCCCCGCGCGCAGGUCCGCGGGGAGGGCCGGCCUGCCGCGAGGCCCACGCUGGGGGGGCCCACCCAGCGCCCCCUCCCCAGAUGUACUAUGCGGUUUCCCAGGCGCGCGUAAACGCGGCCUCCGCGACCAUGCUGCGGCCCCAGCGGCCCGGAGACGCGCAGCUUGGCGCGUCCGUGUACGAGCUGGUGGGCUACCGCCCUUCGUCCUCGUCCUCGUCCUCCUGCUGCACCUCCACCGCCUCCACGACGGCCGCGAUCCUCCCCAAGGCGCCUCGCGACCAGGCGGAGACGCCCGGCGAGUCGCUGGGCGCGGGCGGCGGCCCCCGCGCCGACGCCAAAGAGGAACCGCAGCAGCUGCUGCGCCGCAAGAUCAACAGCCGCGAGCGCAAACGCAUGCAGGACCUCAACCUGGCCAUGGACGCGCUGCGCGAGGUCAUCCUGCCCUACUCGGCCGCGCACUGCCAGGGCGCGCCGGGCCGCAAGCUCUCCAAGAUCGCCACGCUGCUGCUGGCGCGCAACUACAUCCUGCUGCUGGGCAGUUCGCUGCAGGAGCUGCGCCGCGCCCUGGGCGAGGGCUCCGGGCCCGCCGCGCCGCGCCUGCUCCUGGCCGGCCUCCCGCUGCUCGCCGCCGCGCCGGGUUCGGUCCUGCUGGCGCCCGGAGCCGUGGGGCCGCCCGACGCUCUGCGCCCCGGCGCCAAGUACCUGUCGCUGGCGCUGGAGGAACCACCGUGCGGCCAGUUUGCGCUGCCCGGUGGAGGCGCGGGCGGAGGCGCGGGCCGUCCCGGUCUCUGCACUUGUGCGGUCUGCAAGUUCCCGCACCUCGUUCCCACCGGCCUGGGCUUGGCGGCCAUGCCCGCGCCCUUCUCCAAGUGAGCACCGGCCCCGGGGCGCCCGGCCGGCUUCUCACCCCGCGUCCUGGGCCACGCGGAAAGGUGUGUGUGUGGGGAAGGGAAGGUAAAUGGUUUGGGAACCUUCGCGCCCGAAAGAAGGGACCGGCUGGCG